AUCCUCGUCCAAUCCCCUCACCAUGUUCCCUGUCACCAUGGAAACAAACAUGCUCUCAACGCAUGGCGGCAGAUCCGGUCCAUUCCACCAUGUUAUCUUCAGUCAUCCUGCUAUGGGUCUGCGUUGUCUUCAUCAUCCUUUUACUCAAACCCCGGCGGCCCAAGAACUUCCCGCCCGGACCCCCGAUCCUGCCAAUACUGGGGAACAUUUUGCACAUGAGUCUGGAGAACCCCCUGAAGGACUUUGAGAGGCUGAGGAAGACCUAUGGAAAUGUUUACAGUCUGUACCUCGGCCCCAAACCAGCUGUGGUCAUCAGUGGGAUGAAGGCCAUGAAGGAGGCUUUAGUGAACAAGGCCACUGAUUUUGCUGGAAGACCCCAAGACCUUUAUGUUAAUGACACCACUCAGAGGAAAGGAUUUAUUCUGGCUGAUUAUGGCCCCAUUUGGAGAGAUCAUCGUCGCUUUGCUCUGACGACCUUGAGGAACUUUGGUCUUGGAAAAAACUCUAUGGAGGACAGGAUUCACGGAGAGAUCAAAUACGUCAUUGAUACACUGGAGAGGAGCAUUGGCAAAACCAUGAGUCCCCAAGUCAUGUUUCAUAAUGCGUCCUCCAACAUCAUCUGCCAGGUUCUGUUUGGAAGACGCUACAAGUAUGAUGACGAGUUCAUCAGAGUGAUUGUUCAGUGCUUUACUGAGAAUGGCAAGUUAGCCAACGGACCGUGGGCUAUGCUGUAUGACUCUCUUCCUAUGAUUCGUAGCCUGCCGCUGCCCUUCCAGAAGGCCUUUAAGAAUGUUGAGACUUGUCAGAAAAUUGCAAAGCGUUUGUUGACGGAGCACAAGAGCACCCAAAUCCCUGGACAGCCUCGAGACUUUGUUGACUGCUAUCUGGAUGAAAUGGAUAAGAGAAGUGGUGAGGAUUCUACAUUUUCAGAACAACUGCUGUCUAUAUACGCUCUGGAUCUUCACUUUGCUGGCACUGACACGACUUCCAACACCCUUCUCUUUGGUUUUCUCUACCUCAUGACCCACCCACAUGUCCAAGAGCGUUUUCAGGAGGAGAUAGACACUGUGCUGGAGGGAAAGGAUCUGGCCAGUUUUGACGACAGAAACAACAUGCCCUACGUGCAGGCUGUGAUCCAUGAAGUGCAGAGGGUAGCAAACACCGUCCCCCUCAGCGUCUUCCACUGCACCACGAAAGAUACAGAGCUGAUGGGAUAUUCCAUUCCCAGGGGUACCAUGAUCAUCCCAAACCUGACCUCAGUGCUGAAUGAGGAGGGGCAGUGGAAAUACCCUCACGAAUUCAACCCUGAAAACUUUCUCAAUGAGCAGGGAGAGUUUGUGAAGCCAGAGGCCUUCAUGCCUUUUUCUGCAGGUCCUCGUAUGUGUCUCGGAGAGAGUCUGGCUCGUAUGGAGCUCCUCCUCCUCUUGGUGACCCUGCUGGGGGAGGUGAUGUUUCUUUGGCCUAGGAAGUUUAAGUUCAUCUGGCCUGAGGAUGCAGGAGAGCCAGACUACACACCUGUGUAUGGGGUCACUCUGACUCCCAAACCUUAUCGCAUGAAGGUCCAACUCAGGGCAUAAACCAUCAUUAGGAAACAGACAACGACCAGCCAGUUACACAUUGAGCUAUAUGUAGCACAACAACAACAAAAACUGCUAGCUGAACUACCAUUUCCACCUCUUUUAAUGAAUUAAUCAGUGAAUCAGUCAGUUUAUUUGUUACAUGAAAUCAUACAGUAUAAGGUAAAACUUGAGUUAAAUGCAAUCCCAUCAUUCCCUUAAAGCCUCUUAGAACCCAAAUCACACAAAACUUUCUUUAUAUGUAAUUUGGGGUCUUACAUUCAUAAGAAAAAAAAAAAUGAUCAGACAUUAUCCUCAACCGAAAUUUGAAAUAUUGUCAUUUUAGGUUUCCUGAACUUGGGUUGAUUUGGGCGUGGAUAUCCCGGAUCCAUAUCACGUAGUAUGGAUGAAGCCAAUCAAAAAUUUAAAGUCAGCUGAUCGUAAUUUAACAUGCCAAACUGAAAUCCCACGACACUCCUUUAAAAAAGGUGCAUUCGGAAACACGGAGCGCACUCUGGCACAGACUAAAAUCGUAAAUUCGGAGCGCUGUUGGAAUGUAUGGUUCGGUUAUCCAGAGCACCGCACUCUGUGUGUGCGCCAAAUGAAGUCCAUUUGUAAUGAACUUAACUGUUGGUUAAAUAAUGGAGAAACAGAACUCUCCGUGGCUUCGAACAACAGCUCUCUGAUUUUAGUGUAGAGCUUCAGAUUGGAUUUACAAACGCAGCCAGAGUCAGAGGGUUCGAACAGAUAGAGCUGUACCACGCAGACUCGGCAUUGCUCCAUGGCUGUCGUCGUGAAAAUACAUACAGAUGUAUAAAAUAUUUAUAUGCAUAAUUAUUAAAAAAAAACUCACACUAACAGGGCCUCAGAUCAAAAAACACUUGUGUUUAUAUAAACAACAAAUUUUGUAGUUUUAACUGUAGAACUUGUUGCUUCCAUGAGAUGCUUUAAUAUGUUUACUUAACGCUUGUGUAUUAAAAUGACGUGACAUGGGAUUAUUACGA